UGUGCGGUAGAAGUUAAGAGUUCGUUGUUAUCCAUCGGCACAUCUGCGGCGGAUGUGUUCGCAGUUAACGUGAAAAACGAUCAAAGAACUAAAUAUUUAAUGAAUAAUAAAUAAAUUGUGAUACAAAUUAGAUAUCCUCCUGGUUUCUGUUAAUGUUUCAAACUACAAAUCGGGACGUGUUGUAGGCAGGUAGGCUUAAUCGUCGAAAUGAGAGCUUGCCAAUUUCUUUUAUUAUUAUUUGUGUGCACCGAUAUUAUUUUUGGUACUGAAGAGACAGAAGAUGAGGAGACCAGGAAGAGGAUACUGGACCAAUUAACAAAAACACGAACUGUGUUAUUAGAUGAUUAUCAUUUGGUCACUAGGCAGGUUGCCACCGAUGUAUAUAUGUUUAGAAGUUACCGCACCGUUUCUGUUGUGUUCUACCCUGUUAUGAGGGAUGUUACCGACGCUCGCUUCACCUUCCAAUCUGAGGAGCUUCAUUUAAAUAACAUUGGAUCAUGCGAUCCGCAAGAGGUGAUCGUAAACCUCAAGCACGGGUCCUACCCUGCGGUUAAUCCUGAUGGGUACGACUUCCCCAAAGAUUUCUACGAUCCAGGGAAAAGGGAGCCAAUUUAUACGCUAGAACUGCUGUCUGAUGGCAGAAAUAAAACGUAUUCAAUAGAGAAUCCCAAGCCAGGAAACUGGUACGCCUUGAUAUACAUAAAAUGGGAGGAUCCGAGGACGCAAAAAGUUGAACAGCAAGGUCUCGUCGCAAACUGCCAGACUAUACUGUACUCAGAUUUGCAAGUGAAACGCAAUGAAAACAUAGAGUUAAUAGAUUGUUACAAUGGGGCAACAGAGAUAAACUACGCCGACUUGCCCGCACUCUUCAAAUGUAUGUCCGUAGACAGAGUCGAUCCAAUCGCUCUCAAUAUCUCGAUAGUCAACACUUCCGUAGGGGACAACGAACUAUUCUUUAGAGUACAGGCCCUAUCUAUACCGACAGUGGAGGAAAACAUCAUAUACUGUGCUUUCGACCCAAGAGCGAACAAUUACCAAACCAUCACGUUCAUCCCUCACCCGAACGCUUGGCACUACAUCCAUAUAGGGCCUAUAGAUGGCAAUACAUCCAGUAUCGCCGACUGCGAGUCCUAUUUCUUGAGAACAGACAUUGACGAGCUGGUCAACCACACCGUUAUAGACUUUAUGCGAGACGACAAAGGUCGAUUUUUCACUUUCGACUACGGUGUGCCCACAACAGACAUACAAGACACCACGAGUCUCAUCAACCUAACUUCGACUGAGAUAAAGACGUUUAGGUUUAAAAUUAAUCAAUUUUUAGACAUUGGAGGGAGUUUAUCAAUAGCAGCGAGUCUUCUUAUGAGUGUUAAGUACUACAUGGGAUAUAGGAGGCCGGCAGAAAGGGAAACAUUGCUAGCAUUUACUGAGGAUAACCAGUUUUUCAAGGUCGUGAUAUGUAUGGAUAUUGGUCACCCUAGUGUGCCAUUGGAGAGUGGUCAUUGUCGAUACAAUGAUAGGGUGACGCCGGCUUUGUUUGUGUUGAAUAGUACGGACUCGGAAUCGAUAUACGACAAGACGUUUAUUCCGUUUCCUGAUAGUGGAACUUGGUACAUAAGUCUUCGGUUGUUCUGUGAUCAGAGUGUUUGUCCUUGCCGUACUGCGGUUAACGGCACGAAGUAUUACGUAGAUGCUGAUGGGAAGAAGGAAUUUGAUGACUCCCUAGUUGGGAACGAGACUCGGCUUGGUACGACGGAGUGCAACGCGACCGCCGUGCUGACGGUGUCCUCUACGUCUUGUAUCUCUGGGAAGUGCAGUAACCAUGGCAACUGUUUGGUUAACACCUUCGGAGCGCUGAUGAUGUCAUUUUGCUCUUGCGUUUCUGGAUACGGAAGUUGGGACUGUUCUGAUGGCUCAAGAAUGGACAGUAGAGCGUACAUGCUGCUUUCUGUCCUGCUCCUAACUCUGAGCAACAUUCUAUUCUUCUUCUCAAUCUACGUGGCGACAAUCCGGCUCUACUACACGGAAGCCAUGAUGUAUGCCUUCACCAUGAUCUUCUCAACUUUCUACCACGCGUGCGACGCGCCUUCUCAAGUCGCCUACUGCAUCAUGAGAGGUAACAUCCUCCAGUUUGGAGACUUCUACUGCGGACUCAUGUCUUUCUGGGUAACCUUACUUGCCAUGAGCAUUGUAAACGAGAGGAUACGGUCCUCUUUACAACUCAUAGGUGCAAUAGUUAUAGCUCUACUUACAACAUGGAACAUGCAUUCUUUUGUCUCCUUCCUACUCCCUGUCGCAGUCGGUACGUCAAUAGUCUUCAGUUCCUGGUACCUAGAUUAUAGAAAACAUAGGAGUCUCAAGUUCCCUAGGUCCUAUUUCUUUAAGCAUAUGCCUAUAGGUCUCAUAUUAGUUACUGUAGGUUUAGUAUCAUACGGUUUCUUGCAAACUGAACAAAAUUAUAAAAUUGUGCAUUCUUUGUGGCACAUGAUUAUAGCUUUAAGUGUUGGGUUCUUGUUACCCGAUGUUAAACGGGCGAAUGACGUCAACCCGUUCUUACCGAGCAGUGGUUACUACAAACUGCCUUUUCCUAGUAUAUUCCGUAGAUCUCCAGCACCUAUAGCGAAUGAUUGAUGUGUAUAUAAAACAAUGACGUAUUUAUUAAGUCGUAAGGGUUAUUUUUGUAAUAUAAAAGUUGGUCAUUGUAAGACCAAUGUUGUAAUUAAGUACAAGUAGCAUAAUACUUUAGUAUUCUCAGUUUCUUUUUUUAUUAUUACCAAAGUGUAAACUACGAACAAAUAGAGAGGUGCGAUUUUUUUUAAUUAGUCGUAGGAACAAAUGAUAACCUAGUAUUUUUUCUACUAGUCAUCAAUGAAGUACAGGAUUGUUUUAUACAGGUCUCGUGUCAAUACAAAACUUUUCUAUGGCGUAUUUUUAUAGUGAACUAGUUAAGCUAAUGUUGAGACGAUGGAAUUGAUACAAAAGGUCGUAUAUGCCAAUGUUGGUUGGCCAACAUUCCUAUAUCUCUGUGAUAUAAAUGAAAGCAGUGAUUGUUGGCGUUGGUUGACCAAUGUUUGGCAUGCGUUGGUGGUCCAAUAUGUGCCCCAUCUGGGACCCAAUGUGAUGGUUAUACCAAAUAGAUAUUUACUCUUCAAAUAUUUGUAUAUACUGAACACUAUACUAAGGAAAGAUAUGGGUAGAUAUACCCAGAAGUUACGUACUCAUUCCUACUAAUUUAAAAUAACGGAUCGAUCAAAUUAUUUUACUGUUGAACUAAAUGUUAAUAAAUAUAAAUUAAUUAGAAUAUGCGUCUCUCUCACGUAAUUAUUCGAAGGUGCUCGACUAAUUUCACCGUUACAUCUGUUGCUCAUGUUUAUGAGCCCUGGUUUUGGCUUGAAACUGGUCGAGCAUACGUAUAAGUAUAUUCUAACACAAUUGGUAUGUCUUACGAUAGUUAUUAUAAUAACAAAUGGAAUAUGCUGUGUUAUAAAUAAUUACAUAGCACAGGUAAGAGGGUCUUUGGUCCGACUUCCUAGUCGAUAGUCCCUCUGAAAAAUAAUGUUUAUUAUUGAGACUUGCCAGUACUGUCCUUACAAACCGAAGUUCUGGAAUAUUCCAGAAAUGAAUUUAAAGAUUGUGUAUAUUUCAUUAAGCUAUAGAUGUGAUAAUACUAUAAACAUAACUACUACAUGAGACACCUCAACGCUUUAGUUGUAAGGUGAAAUAUUUAUAAAGAAAAUAAUAUAAUCCACGCCCCAAACAAUUCGACAAUAACGUUGAAAUACUAAUAAAGAAACUAGACUUUAAUGUUGUUAAGAUAAAGUUUAAAAUGCCUUAUGAAGCUGCUUCCUAUCGAUUGCAUUUAGUUACCAACAUUCCUUAGUGUAUCUUUCGUUCCUUUGCACGUUAGGAAUAUUUUAUGUUAGUACCCUUAGUAUGAGUUUGAAUUAAGUACGAAACGAGAGCGCGUUCGGCCCUAUGAUUGGUUGAUUUAUUCGAGCCGGCCAAUCAGCGCGCCGAACGCGCUCUCGUUUCGAUUUUAAACUUAAAGCAAACUCCUACUAAUGGUUACUAUUCACACUUGUAUAUUAAGUUAAUUUAGUAUGUCAUUUUAAAACAAACUGACUGCCUGCCUACUGUAAAUUGUUUUGGGAAAAAUAUUGUGAUUAUGUCAUCAAUAGUGUAAUGCGACCGAAGUAUGAACAAUACGAAAUAAUUAGGUACCGCAUUUGUUUACAGUCGUGAAUCCUAUGUGUAGGUAUGACUGUUAAAUAUAAUUAUUACAAAAUUUUAUGUAAAAUUUUUGCUCCUGUAACAUAAUUGUUUAAAUAGGCAGAAAUGCACAUAUUCAUGAAAUUAAAUGCACGCAUUUCUGACUAUUUCUCAAUUGGGCGGGUAAUUUCCUCAGUCAAAAAUAAAUCGUUUCCACUUUUCUAAACAAUAAAUUAUUCAAAAAUCAUCACACUUUAAAUCAUAGAUACUCGUAGCUAGCAAAUUUUCUAAAAAUUAAUCUGCUAUUUGACGUAAAAACCUGAUGAUGUCAUAAUGCACUAUAUUUCGUAGAACAUACCCUUAUUGACGUUGACGAUUCUUGAAAAGUAUUGAAUUUGACUAGUAGGAAACUAGCCUAUUAAUGGAAAAUGUGUGAAGUACCUGUCUAUUAUUUGUUUAUGGCUUAUGAAAGCACAUUUUUCUGCACUCUAUAACGAAUCAUGUUGUAUAUUUUUCUACUCAUACUUUGUGUUCAUACUAUAGUUGGGCCAUUACAAACGUGUGAACUGUCUUAAGUCAGUUUUAUCGGUACCAAAGUCAAAGUCAAAAUUAUUUAUUUCAAUUAGACCAGGAAGGCACUUUUGAACAUCAAAACAAAUAUAAUAAUAUUAAUAACGUCUGUCUGUCAGUCCUCUAGUGAAGCUAUUUGCUCGUUCUAAAGUGUAGAGACCUUUACUAGAGAUUGCUUUACGUUUAAAGUAAUCGAAACGAGAGCGCGUUCGGCGCUCUGAUUGGUUGGUUUAUUUGAGCCGGCCAAUCAGAGCGCCGAUCUCUCGCUCACACUUAUGCUAGUUGUGCAGCAUUGUCACAUUCCUUUGACGUGACAGUUCACAAGUUUAUAAUGACCCAACUAUAUUUGAAAUCCUUUGCUAAUAUUUCUAUCUCUGUCACAUAUAUGUUAAACCAUAUGACGAAGACAGGGAUGGAAAUAGAGCUAAGUUAAGCUAAAUAGGCGGUCGCCUUACUAUUUAGUAGAUCCUAAAUGAUGGUCCAGUAUCACAGCGAGUAUUAACGAGAUAGUUACAAAUUACCACUUAAUUGCUUUCGUAAUAGAAUUGAUAAUCGAUUGAGGUAUUUGAUCUGCUGCCUGUUUCUUGGUAUAUGAUUGUGACACUGGCCAUAUAACCUGUUGUCCUCUAUACAAUUUGUAAAUACUGAAAUGGUGCCUUAUAUUGUCCAUUUGAAAUUUCUAUAAAUAAAUAAAUAAAUUAGAAAUAAUGUGCCAUUAUUAUAAAUAUGUAGUUAAAAAGAUUAUGUAACUGCGCGAACAAAUUUAAAGAUAAGCAAGCAUCCACAGGCCCGCAUCGUACGCAUCGCACGCAUUGGAUUUUAGUUCGUCUUGUUCAGAAACUCGUACAACUGCGUUCACUGAUCCGCAUCGUAUGGACGCAGUCAAUCCGUUAGAUGCGAUUCGUCCGUUGCGUACGAUGCGGACCUGUGGACGCUUACCAUAAUGCCAUUACUAUUUUUAUAAUUUAAUAAUGCAUAAUAUUUUAAAUGCCAUAUGAUAUUAUUAUAUUCUAAUCACAUAUUUGUUAAAAUAUUCUGAAAUAAAUAGGUACUUUAGUCUAACACCAUAUUAAGUUUUACGUUAUUUAAUAUAUAUGUAUGUUAAUGAAAUGCAUAGGCAGCUCACGCAAAAUAUCCAUGUUAUAUACUCAGUAUGUAAUAGAUUUUACGCUUUAUCACAAAAUUAUAAGGUCGAAAAUCUAUUAAGCUUGUUUAAUAUUGGAAAAGUUUUAAAAUAUUAAUUUCUCGCUUAUUAAAACAUUCCCUUGUUUUAUACAUAAGAAAAAGAAAUGUUUUUGUAUAUGUUACUAUUAUUUAAAAUAGUUCGACCUAAAAUGUUACCAUGUCAGAUAAUGUUAUAUGUAAUAGAUAGAUAAAAAAAUAAAAUUAGGUAUAAAUGUAUUGGAAUUUAGUGUUUAAUGUUUUCUGUAUAUUUGUGACAAACAUAUAGUUUAUGUAAACGUUGGUUUGCCAUUGUGAUAUUUCAAAUAUUAAAACUAAUAACUAGACGAGAGAACUAUGCAAAUGGUUACUAGAAUGUGAACAUUUGACUACAUUUAAAAAUCUUUCAUUUUUAUUCUCUUUAUUUUGUUUCUUCAAGUAUUUGACCAUGUAGAUAGGUAUUU